AUGAAGACCGUCCGACGCGAGGAUGAAGAUAGAGAACGAAAACGACGUGAAGAUGAAGAGCGGGAAAGACGACGUCGUGAAGAAGAGGAAAGACGACGCCGUGAGGAAGAGGAAAGACGACGCAAGGAACAAGAGCAGAGAAAGAUGCAUGAGGUGGUCGGUCAAGAAAACCCUGACGAGUGGGAGGUAAUGGGUGAUCUACCGGACGUGGCCAAAAUCACGGAACACGAGGAUGAGAUGCAGAUGUAUCAGGAGGAGACAGUGACUAAGACCCAGUUCUAUGAAAUGGAGGGCACGUUGCACAAGCAGACUGGAGAAAUUCUAACCUUUGUGGAGGCUGUUCGUCAGGGACUACUUGAUCUCAGCGCAGGCGGGGGUCAGUUCUUUGACAUCCACUCAGGUCGCAUUAGUCUUGAGAAAGCUGUUGAACUUGGUUACAUCGAUGGUGCUUUCAAUGAUGUCCUGAACACUCGUUAUGGUAUCCGCCAUCCUGAAUCUCGCGCGGAGUUAACGCUUCUCGAGGCCAUCCAAAUUGGCCUGUAUGACCCCGAAACUAGACAUCUGUACGACAUUCACUCUGGCGAAAUGCUUGAGCUUUACGAUUGGGUUGCUAGGGGUAUCCUCACCAUGGACACUCAAAGGAGAUUGGUCAAAAUGGGUAUUUUGAAACUUCCUCCCAUGGCACUGCAUAGUGCUAUUGAUCAGGGUGUUUUGAACACUGUCUCUGGACAGUUCGUCGGUAAAUAUUCGCAUGAGUCAAUGCCCAUUAGAGAUGCCCUUUAUCACGGUUACCUUCAAUUGGUUUCUCCUCAACAAAUUCCAAUGAUAGCAAUCACCCUUAGUGACGCUAUCAAGGAAGGCUUCAUAAAUGCUAACAAUGGCGAGUUCGAUGAUAAAAACACUAAGGAUACCUUUACUCUUAGGGAGGCCUGCUCAAAGCAGUUAGGUCUUCUUAACUUAUACGUACCUGAAGUAGUAAAUACGGCUGAAAACACUAGACUGGAUUUGAAGGAUGCCAUGCUGCGAAACGCCAUCAACACUCGCAACGGCAACUUCACUGAUCUUCAGACUCGGCGCACGCUUUCCCUUCGCGAGGCAUACAACGAAGGUCUAAUUUCGAAGCCAUCAACCUUAACAGAGAUGUUGGAGAAAGAUCUAAUUGAUUCCACCAACCAUUUCAUUGAUCGUGGAACAAAACACAGGCAUACAAUUCUUGAAGCUAUUGCAGCUGGAGUUUUAGACGCUGAAGUUCGACACAUCGUUGAUCCUGACGAGAAGGACGUAAUUUCCAUAGCAGAGGCCAUGGAACGAGGAAUACUUGGCGCCGAUGGAAAGAUCAUUCUCGAAAAACAGCAAAAGGAGUUCACUAUUCCCGAAGCUGUGAGGGAAGGACUUCUUACGAAACGAGUACGCCACAGUAUCUUUGAU